ACUGAGAGACCGAUCCGAAAAGAUUAUUGUGAUUAAAAUCACGGAUCGGGGAGCAAAAACUGUCCGAUAAAAUGUUUUUCACUUAAUGGGCGAUUCCUCUGGACCUGGGAAAUGACAAUCCAUUGAUGUACAUGUACAUGUAUCUGAGGGAAUCAUAGAGAGCCAUCAGCAUCAUGGCCAGCCGCAUCGCCCUCGUUGAGUUUACUCCAAUCAAGAGCUGUUUCAUCAGUCUACCUGUGCCUUGGGGCCAGGAGUUCCAACGGAAACAGAAUUCUAUAUUUGAGCUUCAAUGGGGAGACAGGGGCAGGGCGUACGUCUCCUGGGCUGGGGACAUGGUGAUCGCUGCGAUGAAUAAUGGAGGUACCACACCGACCCUACAGAUCAAUGGUCUGUACGCUAACAAGCUCGGACUGUGUCAUGGCGAAGAGGUAUUACUGCGACCGGUGUCGGCAGUCCAUCACUGUAGCAGAAUAAGUGUGGAGCCAGCAACCUCCGACGACUGGGAAAUACUGGAGCUGAAUACAGGGUACGUUGAAUCCAAUCUAUUAAACCAAGUGAGGAUCGUGUGGACAGGACAGAUUCUACCAGUUUGGAUCGAGAAAAAAAUCUGCAUUUUCAUCAAGAUUGGUACAACAGAACCCAAUGCAUCCUGUGUGCAGUUACAACAAAACACCGAACUAGUCGUGGCCCCAAAGUCACGCCGCAAUCACACAUCCUCAAGGCCCCCAGCUCCAAACCUAAACCCACUUCCAAGCCGCUCGACAGUUAACCCGGACAGACAGGGUGGGAUUAGCCCUCAGAGAGACUCGGAUAAAACCCCAAGCAGUAUGGGGUCCAUCGUUGGGGGCGGGACUCCGUCCAACUACACGAGCGACUACGACUCUGCGACAAGCCCUAGUGAUAGCACCUUCUCCACGGCUCAUUUGACUGACGGUAGCUCUGGUGGGAACACCCCGACCCAACCCUGGAGUGUUCCACCUGAAUCUCUUGAUAACUCCAUACCCUGGUCUUAUAGAGUGUGGUGUCGAAUCAAAUCCAUAUUUUUUAGCGAUGAGGGCGACAAUCAGACUGCAGUCGGGGUUAGCGAUAUGGAAGAGGCUCGUCGCAAGAUGGCCGCUGAGUUCUGGAAAGAUGUGAGGAUUGUUGCACGUGUCCAGCCCAUGUUUGAGCGUAGUGAGAGUACGGUUUUAAGAGACUCAUCCUCCUCUGGUUUGCUGGCGUCUGGAGUCGAUAAGAAGCCUCAAGGACCCGACAGGAAGCAUAUAGCGCCGAGUAAUUCAACAGCUCAAAAGAGGCCCAGCGAUGCACCUAGUCCUCAACUUCCAAUGACUGACCCAAGUCCCCUUCCCAACAUGAACUCCUACACCCACCUCAUGCAGCCGACGACGGUGUACCUCAGCUCAGACUGCGAGACCGAGUUCGUCCGACAUCAUAACUCGAACACGGACGAGCACCAAUGCCCCGUCAACGCGUUCGUCACGUUCCUGGCGUACCUCUCCAAGAUUCCGUCGCCGAGGGAAAAAAAAGAGGAAGUGAACAGGAAGUUUCAACAAACCCAGAAAAAGUACCACGAAGAGAGGAAGACCAGCGGUUCUUCGUUGUCAGAGCAGCAACCGCAUCUCUCUGAUCCCGCAACCAAAGACGCCACAAAAACAGACGACAUCAACCCUUCCUGCGUUGUCCGAGUCAUCAUCCACAGUAAUGAACUCAAGAGGCAUCAGAAUGGGCAAAGCAAGAACGUCUACUCCUCGAACACUUUCCAGAAACGAAACAUCUCUUGGUUUAUUCAGAUUCCUGACUUGCUGAGGCGACAGCUCGGCCUGGAGGCAUCGGCGAAGGUGGAGCUUCGACCUGUCUUGAUACCACCUCAUCCCAUUCACAGCAUUGUUCUCUUUCCCCUGUUUGAUAAGCCAGCGACUUUGACGACGGAAGACUUGGUGUUUGCCUUUGAGUAUUGGGUGUCGUGCGUGAGUUGCAUGAUUUCCCCAAUCCCAAUCAAGCAACAUGGAACACUACUCCAGUUUCCCAUCUCAAGAACAGGAGAUAUCCAAGGUGAAUUCCUGAUUUCCAUCAACUACCAAGACAACGCCAACAAGACGGACAGCUCAUCGUCACCCACUCCGAUCGACGCGUCUCAGACCUACUUUCUUCUCCAUCCCCUCAGCGCCAAGAAGAGCAAGGCCAGGAUCCUAGACAGAAUGACGACCUCCAAUAAGCCGGCCUUUAUUCCUCGGAUGCCGUCUUCGGGUGUUUCGGAGUUGGACAACGUGGUUUGUGGAUAUCGAUUACGGGAUUUAGGAGGAGUCACAGUAGAUCUUGGCAAGGAGGCAGUCAGCUACCUAAGCACCGCUCUAAUGACCAGACCCCUGAGCCGCUCCCUCGGUGAAUCCCUCCCUGGGAUCCUACAGGGUGGGCUGCUGAUCUGUGGGCCCAGGGGGAGCGGGAAGAGCACCCUGGGACGAUCGGUGUGUAGGGAGAUGAUGGCUUGGCCGAACCUCGCUCAUGUCAGCUUAGUGGAAUGUAAACAACUCAAAGGGAAACGGAUCGAGACCAUCCGUAAGAUCUGGGAGGAGGCCAUGAAUGAGGCAGCGUGGAGACAGCCAUCUAUCAUCCUAUUGGAUGACUUGGAUCAUGUGACUGCCUCACCACUGGGUCCCGAGCAGGAGAUUAGCCCUGAGGCAGUGUACCACACGCGAGUAGCUGAGAUUUUAAAAGACAUCAUGAUGGCAGAGGUCAAAGAAGGGUCACAAGUCUGCAUAUUGGCAACUACAAGGUCAAAGGGCACUCUCCACCAAUCACUAACAAGCUCAAGGGGCUGCCAUCUUUUCCAGUCAUGCCUGGAGAUUCCGUCACUGAACAAAGAGCAGCGAGUAGAAGUGUUCAACUCGGCCGUCCGUUCCAAGGUCGAGGUUGACCUGCGGACUUUCGACCAUGUCGAUGCAGUUGCCCUGAUGUCACAGAUGGAAGGGUACGUUGCCCGUGAUGUAGUGACUGUCGUAGAGAGGGCCAUCCAUGCCGGCUGCAGCAGGGAGAUGGUGGAGGGAAGACCGAGGCUUGAUCCUACGCCACAUGAGAGACCGGCCAAGGACCCCAACGUGGAAGAAAUUCUCCUGAUCCAGGAGGACUUUGAGGUCGCGUUACUGGACUACACUCCGGCCACCCUCAGGGACGUUCCAUUACACAGCGCAGGGGAGUUAGGAUGGGAUGACGUAGGGGGGCUGAGGGACGUAAAGGAGUCGUUACUGGAAACUUUGCAACUACCUGCAAAGUACCCUGUGCUGUUUGCCAACUGUCCCCUGAGAUUGCGAUCCGGUCUACUCCUGUACGGUCCGCCGGGGACAGGCAAGACGCUGCUCGGUGGUGUGGUUGCCAGGGAAUGUGGACUUAACUUCAUCAGUAUUAAGGGACCAGAACUCCUGAGCAAGUACAUCGGUGCUAGCGAGCAGGCAGUGAGGGACCUCUUCAACAGAGCUCAGAGUGCUAAACCUUGCAUCCUCUUCUUUGACGAGUUUGACUCACUGGCUCCAAGGCGUGGCCACGACAGCACUGGGGUGACCGACAGGGUUGUCAAUCAACUCCUUACGCAGCUUGAUGGAGUAGAAGGGCUUCAAGGUGUUUACGUGAUAGGAGCCACCAGUCGACCUGACCUCAUCGACCCAGCUUUACUCAGACCUGGUAGAUUAGACAAAUGCCUCUUCUGUCCCAUUCCAGGCACGGAUGAGAGAUUGGAGAUUCUUCAGGCCCUGACGCGUAAAAUCCCCCUGACCAAUGACGUCAAUCUGCGCACCGUUGCCGCUCAGUGCGAACACUUCACUGGUGCAGACUUCAAGGCUCUCCUGUACAACGCUCAGCUCGAUGCCAUCCACGCUACCCUCUCCAACCCAGACCUGGAUGGUGACUACGACCCUCCGAUGACCCUCAGCAAGAAGCAGUGCAGCAUGGGAGCGGACGAGUGGAAGCUCACCUUCAUGGAGAGCUUCUCCGCCGACGGAGAUUACAUGGGGAACAACGCCGACGACAACAACGCCCGGGAAGUUGACGUGACGUCCCGCUCGCCGAGUAGGCGGCUCCGGCGGGAAAAUGGUAAUUCAGUUCAUUUCGGUUCCCCCCGUAGGUCAGCAACGGGAUCCGAGUCGAGUAACAACUCCAUGGAUUUUGUCCAAGUUAAUGUACAGGAUUUGAAAAGUGAUGGAGUCUCCUCUCUUGCUGAGGGGCGUGUUGUAGCUGAGGAUGACCCAGGCAGUGAUGUGAGGUCAGAUGUUAAAGGUCACUGCAGUGAUGGGAGAUCAGAUGUUAAAGGUCACGGUCCGUCGCUGAGGAAGCUGGCUGCUGUCAAGCGAGGGAGCACUACGAUGACGACGACGAAGCCACGAAUGAGUGAUAUUAUCGGUGAUUCCAUUGACAAUGAAGAGGUACCAGGACCCAUGGAGGGACUGGACGACCCAUUCUAUACCAGCACGAGGCAGUGGGGUGAACAGCAAGUUAUCUACAUGCCCACCCUACGAGAUGGAGUGGUAGAUCCCAGCAAAGAUACUCAGGAAAAAAUCAACUCACAGAUUGCUGUCAUUAAAGAGAAUUACCGGCAAAGAACAAACAGACUCCAGGGUUACCAGAAUGAGAGGGCCAAGUCUGUUGAUGGUUCAGCCGUUAUUCACAUCAGUCAAGCUCACUUAUUAAGAGCCGCUGCAGACAUGAAACCAUCGGUGACAUUCUCAGAGCGAGCUAGAUACCAAAGCAUAUAUGAACGUUUUGUGCAGUCGAGAGGAGGUAACUUCAAUCCAACCCCACAGCAACAGGCUGGUCAGAAGAGAGCAACGUUGGCUUAGUUGAACUCAGGAGUACCAAGUGUCGGCAACUGGGUUGGCUGAUGAUGGGAAAGUGUCUGUCUGUACACAGCUAAGGAACCCUUGCAAUUGAAGAUUUUAUAGACCUUUCCAUCACAAUAAGUCUUUUGCAUAGUUGCUCCACCUUACACAACCCAAGCUGUUGAAUGUUUUUUGGGGUUGAUCAACUCACUGGUAAUUGUAUAAAAAAAAAUUCCAAGUUUAAAAUUUUGUUUUGUUGAAGUUUUUUCUUUCUUUUCAGGGAAAUUUACAUGCAAAGUAAUCAAGAGGUAAUCUUGAAAUUUAGAAAAAUGGUUUAAUGAAUAGGAGUGUGCAAUUUAUUUUGUUUAUAGGGCAUUAACGAUUAAAAUACCGUAACAACUUCACUGGAUUAGUCUUCGCUCUGAGGAUCAAAGAGUUUGUUCUCAACUACAAAAUGUGAACAAAUGUAUUUAGAACAAUUCGAUUAGUUUUUAAGUUGAUGUACUUGAUCAAGCUGAAAUGUACUAGAUUUGAUUUGUAACUUGUAAUAAUGUUUGCGAAUAGAGGUUAAAGAUUUUGACUGACACAGUACUUAAUUUUAAUAAUGGGAAAUAGUUUUUAUUUGAAUAUAAUUAUAAAUAGUGUGAAUUUAUCUGGUGUACUUCAAAUCAUUUUUAUCGAUUUGAUGUAAAUGAUAUAUAUUUAGUAUAAGUGGAUUGUGGUGGUGUUGAAAUGGUCCCCAACCCUCCUACUGUUAGACUGUUCGAUAUCAUCAACUGGGGUUUUGAGUGGUAAACUUUGCCAGCCUGCAACGGGGUAUCAUGUAAUGAGGUCAUCUACACAGUACAGCUCUCAACAGUUUUGCAAUCAAGGCAAAAUUAAGACACAAUUGUAACUUUAUGAACAAAUGAUCACGUGUCAAAGCUUAAAGCAAUAAUCUUUUUUAAAUUGUUGUGCCAUAUUUUCUGGUUUUACUUUUUUACUUUCCUUUAUGUAUCUUUAUAUACUUGGCCUUUUCUCAACCCCACCGUUGGUGUACAGUUUUUCUUAAAACAAAGUAAAAAAUAAUUGUUUCGAAUCCUAUUUAUUUUCUUUUGAAUGCAAAGUGGCAAUGAUAGAAUGCGUUACGAUUAUUUUCCAUUGUAAACCAUAAGGAGCUUCCGAUUUUUGUUAAAAUUAAUAUGUGAAACAUUUUUGUGUUAUGAUGAAUAACAAUGCUUUUAUUAACAGUGACA